UCUCAGCUUCGAUCAGAAUCUUAAAUCUAAUAAACUCAACUUCCAGAAUGAAGGUCUUUGUGUGCUUAUUGGUUUCCCUGGCUCUGGCCAACGCCGGUGGCCUCCGAGGCGGUGCAGGAGGCGGCUAUCUACCCGGUGGAGGACGUGGUGGUGGCGGCGGAGGAUUCGGUGGCCGCCCGGCUAUUGGAGCUGGCCUGGUGUCCCACGUCUCGCAGUCGCAGGGCAACACUAAGGUCCACAUCGGCGGUGGUUCCGCCGGCGGUGCUGGUGCUUACGGAGGUGGCGGCUAUGGCGGCGGUGCUGCCUCGUACGGCGGUGGAGCUGGUGCUGCCUUUGGCGGUGGUGCUGGAGCUUCCUACGGCGGUGGUGCAGCCUCUUAUGGCGGUGGACGCGGAUCUGGUGGAUGGCAAGGAGCUGGGGCUGGACGUGGUGGUGCUGGAGGAGCUGCUGGCUGGCAAGGUGCUGGAGCAGGUCGUGGUGGAGCAGGGGGCUGGCAGGGUGGUGCCGGAGGAGCUGGAGCUGGCAACGCCUGGGGCAACCCCGCUGAGUUCGAUUACACUGUCAACCACGCUUCCGGAGGUGCUGGUGGUGCAGGUGGGGCCUACGGUAGUGCUGCUGGUGCAUACGGUGGUGGCUCCCGCGGCGGUGCCGGCUGGUGGAACGAUUAAG